AUGACUAGUGAAAAUCUUCAAGUUAAAAACAAUGGUUGGAUGUUUUUCUUAAUUGCUUUCACCACGUUGAGCUGUGGACUUGUAGAUGGAGGAAGGAUCUUGAAUUCAACAAUGAGAAAGGAUGAGAAGCAAAUCACGAUCAAGGGUGAUAAUGAUAUAAUUGACUGUGUUGAUAUAUAUAAACAACCAGCUUUUAGUCAUCCACUUCUUAAGAAUCACACUAUACAGAUGAAGCCUAGUUCAUAUCCUAAAGGAUUCAAAGAAGGAAGCAACACUGAUCUUUUACUAGAAUGGAAUAAGAAAGGACGUUGUCCUGAAGGAACAAUCCCAAUCAUAAGAACACAACACAAAGUUAGUCCAAAGAGGAGACAACACAAUAGUAACAUUCUUGGCUUUGAUGUUAAUACUAGCCAGUUAGAGUAUGCUCAAGUUUCUACGGAUUUGGGCACCUAUUUUGGAGCAUUUGCAAAAUUUUUGGUAUGGAAUCCAAAAACAGUUGCUAAAGAAUUUAGUUCAGCUCAAAUGUGGGUUGUAGCAGGAGAUGGCCCAAAUCUGAAUAGCCUUGAAGCUGGAUGGCAAGUUCAUUUUGGUGAAAAAUUUACAAGGCUGUUUAUUUCUUGGACGAGAGACAAUUACAAAGAAACAGGUUGCUACAAUCUUGAAUGUCCUGAUUUUGUACAAAUCAACAACAACAUCGCCUUGGGUUCUGCGCUAUUACCCGUUUCAGUCUAUGAUGGCAAUCAAUAUGAGAUAGAAAUAACUAUUUUCAAGGAUAUGCAAAACGGAAACUGGUGGCUGGUAGUGCAAGGUCAAAAACUAGGAUAUUGGCCUGCCUCCAUCUUAACAACUCUAGCUAACCAAGCGAACGUUAUACGAUGGGGAGGAAAAGUCUACAACACAGAAACAGAUGGUGAACAUACAUUUACUCAAAUGGGAACUGGGCAUUUUUCUUAUGAAGGCUAUGGUAAAGCUGGCCUGAUCCAUAAUCUGAAAUAUGUCGACAAUUCGGGUGCGCUAACAGAUCCUAAUAAGGUUAUACCUUUUGCAUCAAGGCCUUCUUGCUAUGAUGUUCAAUUAGGAGAAACUGGAAAGGAUGAUCAUGGAACUCACUUUUAUUAUGGGGGUCCUGGAUAUUCUGAAAUUUGUAUGAAAUAA